AUGUUUGAGAUGAAGAGAGCAAUUGACGCUUUAGUUGUUUUAGCAGGUAAGGUUUCAGAAUAUAACGCAAAAAUGAACCCGCAAUGUUCUAAAUGUAAAGCAGCAAUGAGGAGAUAUAACUACUCCGUCAAAGAGAUAGAACGUAUGCGAAACGACUAUGCAGAUUUAAAGAAAGAAGCAGAGAAGCCGGUAGAAAAUAAAAUGGACAUGUUAGAAUUUCUGAACAAAAACUAUCCAACAGCAGAAGAUUUCCUUCUAUCUGAUGUCAAGAAGAAGUAUAAAGAGACUUUCGGCAUAGUUAAAACUUUUGACAUACUGACAGAAGAAAUAGAAGCUACGAAAUUGUUUAGAAUUUCAAAUAUACAUCGUACAAUUCAUGUAAAACGCUUGUGA